AUGUCAGGGGCCUGGUCUCCCGACCCUCCAACCUUCGGCCAGAGCAGCAAGGCGGUGACCAGCGUGUCGGUCGAUGUGCCAGCCCUGGCGUCGGUUACACGCAAGAUGUGCCUGCGCCGCCUGGACCACAUGCACGCGGUGGUGCAGGGCGUCCGCCUGGCGCUGCAUGAGUGUCGCGACCAGUUCAAGGGCAAGCGGUGGGACUGCACCGUGCCUGGCGCGGAGAACGCGCCGGACCCCGAGUCAGGCUUCACGCGCUACACCAUGGGAGUGUUCCCCGGCGUGUCCCCCGGCUCUCGCGAGGAUGCGUUCCUCUCCGCCAUCGUCGCCGCCGGAGUGUCCCACGUGGUGGCGCGCGGCUGCCGCCAGGGGCAGUUCCGGGGCAGCUGCUCCUGGGUCGUUCCCGACGCCAUGAGGCUACCGCCGCGUGCUCGGCGGGGCGGCUCAUCGGACGACGUCGAAUACGGAUACCAGUUCGCCAAGUGGUUCGUGAAUGUGGGCGAUGGCAGUCGUAGCAGGCAGAGAGGGGAGUCUUUGGCGAUGAAUUUGCACGACAACGAGGCGGGUCGGCUGGCGGUGUACAAUCUGGCGCACAUGGACUGCAAGUGCCACCUGCUUUUUGGCCGCUGCAUGCUGAAGAUCUGCUGGCAGCAGCUCGCCGACUUCCACCAAGUUGGGAACUUGCUGAAGCACAAGUACGACACAAGUUCCGCCAUGCGGCUGGUCCGCCACAACAGCAGCAGCAGCGUUGCUGGUGCCACCCGCUGGUCCCGCUGGCGUCUGGAGCCGGUGAACGAGCGCUUGACGGCGCCCACAGUGAGCGAUCUGGUGCACGUGAGCGCCAGCCCCGGAUACUGCGAGCGCAACGACGCUGGCGGCAUCAACGGCACGGUGCGGCGGCGGUGCAACGUCACCUCCGAGGGCAAGGAGGCAUGCUCCGUCAUCACGUGCUGUGACAGAGGAUACGACAUCUCACAAGUCACGCUGGAGACGCAGUGCGGAUGCAAGGAGCAGCUCAAGGAGAACGUCAAGUGCAAGCUUUGCCCGUGGACCGUCGAUCAAUUCGCUUGCAAGUAG